GGAGAAACUAAGCGGAAAGGAGUGAAGAGAAUCCCGUUUUUUUAAGAAAAGGGGUUGUGUAAGCAGCUACCAUGGCUCCGUUCCUGCGUAUCAUGUUUAAUGCUUAUGAUCUUGGUGCGCUGUCACCAGGGCCUGAAGCACCUUUCUGUGCAGUCAGGAUUAAAGAGGCACUCAGCACAGAACGAGGAAAGACUCUUAUCCAGAGGAAGCCCACCAUAUAUCCUGCUUGGCGGUCCACUUUCGAUGCACACAUUUUUGAGGGUCGUGUGCUACAAGUGCUGCUCAUGCGUACUGCUGAUGACCCAUUAGCAGAGGUAACAGUGGGCAUAUCGGUACUAGCAGAAAGAUGCAAGAAAGCAAAUGGACGUGCAGAAUUUUGGGUUGAUCUACAACCGUCAGGAAAAGUGAUGAUGGGGGUUCAGUAUUUCUUAGAGGAUGUGGACACAGAAUCUCAUCAGUCUGUAGCAGCUGAGGAGGAAGCUCCAACUCUAAAUCGGCGUCGUGGGGCCAUUAAACAGGCCAAAAUUCAUUUCAUUAAAAAUCAUGAGUUUAUUGCGACCUUCUUUAGGCAGCCCACUUUUUGCUCUGUCUGCAGAGAUUUUGUCUGGGGGCUUAACAAGCAGGGAUACAAGUGUAGACAAUGCAAUGCAGCUAUUCAUAAAAAGUGCAUAGACAAAAUCAUCGGCAAAUGCACAGGCACAGCGGCUAACAGUCGCGACACUGUGUUUCAGAAGGAGCGAUUUAAAAUCGACAUGCCACAUCGCUUUAAGACCUAUAACUACAUGAGUCCGACCUUCUGUGACCACUGUGGGAGUCUACUGUGGGGUCUCGUUAAACAGGGGCUAAAGUGUGAGGACUGUGCCAUGAACGUUCAUCAUAAGUGCCAGACUAAAGUGGCCAACCUUUGUGGAAUCAACCAGAAGCUGCUGGCAGAGGCACUGACUCAAGUCAGUCAGAAGUCUACAAAGCGGUCUGAACCAAAUCCAAAUGAUACUGGGGUUUACCAAGAGUUUAACAAAAGCCCAGGAAAUGAUUCAAAUGAUGGGUCCCCAUAUGGACAUCUUUGGGAAGGUUCAAGUCCUCGUCCUCCGUCUCAGAUCAGCCACCAGUCCCACAUUACUGCAGAACAAUUUACCUUCCAUAAGGUUCUGGGCAAAGGAAGCUUUGGCAAGGUGUUUUUAGCUGAGCUGAAGAACACUGGGGAAUGGUUUGCAGUGAAAGCCCUAAAAAAAGACGUGGUGUUGAUGGAUGACGAUGUAGAAUGUACCAUGGUGGAAAAGCGAGUGCUGGCACUGGCCUGGGAUAAUCCAUUUCUAACACACCUGUACUGUACUUUUCAGAGCAAGGAACACUUAUUCUUUGUAAUGGAGUAUCUGAAUGGAGGAGACCUGAUGUUCCAUAUACAGGGAAAAGGACGCUUUGAGCUCUGCAGAGCCACAUUCUAUGCUGCUGAAAUUGUGUGUGGGUUACAGUUCCUCCAUGGAAAAGGAAUUAUCUACAGAGAUCUAAAGUUAGAUAAUGUGAUGCUAGAUAGAGACGGUCAUGUAAAGAUAGCUGAUUUUGGCAUGUGUAAGGAGAAUGUUUUUAGAGACAAUCUUGCCACGACCUUCUGUGGAACACCAGACUACAUUGCCCCUGAGAUUCUACUAGGUCAGCAGUAUUCAUUCUCAGUAGACUGGUGGUCAUUUGGUGUGCUGGUGUAUGAGAUGAUGAUUGGUCAAUCACCAUUCCAUGGCGACGAUGAGGAUGAACUGUUUGAGUCAAUCCGAAUGGACACACUUCAUUACCCCCGCUGGAUCACAGUGGACUCCAGAGACAUGAUGGAGCGGCUGUUUGAGCGUGACCCGUCACGUCGUUUGGGUGUUGUGGGUAAUGUCCGAGCUCAUCCAUUCUUCAAGACAAUUAACUGGACUGCUUUGGAGAUGAGAGAAAUCGACCCUCCAUUUAAACCCAAAGUGAAAUCUCCAAAUGACUGCAGUAACUUUGACCGAGAGUUUUUAAGUGAGAAGCCCCGUCUCUCACAUUGUGAGAAAGGUUUGAUUGACUCAAUGGACCAGAGCGCCUUUGCUGGCUUCUCAUUCAUCAAUCCAAAGAUGGAGAAUCUGCUGCAAAAGUGACAGAACCUUUUGCUUGAUGGGCAAAGAUCUAAUACAGUUUUAAGAUAAACAGUAUUCUGCUAAUAUUUUCUCUUCAUCAACCUUUCCACUAGUAUUGCUUUGUCAUAUUUAGAUCAUUCUCUUAAGUGGUGGUGCUGGAGAAACAUUCAGCUCUCAGCAAAGGUCAUAAAAACAAGGUGACAGUUGAAACACUAACGCAAUAGCAUUGAGGUAGCUGGUGGAGAGACAACUUGUGAUAUACAGACAGAUAAACGGAGCAGGGUAGGCUAGUUUAAUGUUUUCCAAUCAUCAUCAUCAUCAAAAUUAUGCAACACCCUUUUAAAGUUCAUGUAGAUAUGACUUCGUUCUCUCUGUUAGUUUUAACAGUAGCUUAUUCAUUUAAUUAACAUAAAUUAUCAUGUACAUAAACACUGAAUGUCUUUAAAGCUAGUAGUAUAUGAAAUGCAGAGAGAAUGUUUUUAUAGGUUAGUUUAGAGUAAUAAAAAAUAAUACAUGAGAGGACAAAACCAUAGACAUUAUUUAUGAGCUGGUGUUUGCUCGCUAGGUUCUCUUGCAGUGUUUAGUGCUGUAUUGUGAAUUUGCAAGGGCACAGUCAGCUUGAUGCCUUUAUGCAUGUGAUGUAUGCCAUACUGUGUAACCACCUUUUAUUUUGCUGUCUAUAUUUGUGUGUACUUAAAAAUUUGGAUAUUAACAGAUGUAUAAUAAUUAAGCAUGUUUGUACAUCUGUUUUACCUUAAAUCAGCAAAAUAUUAAUUUCUUGUGAGUCUUAUAAUGUCUGUUGUAAAGUAAGAUGUAUAUAUUUGACAUAGGUUAUACUGGCUGUUUUCCUUAUGUAG